UCCUCUUCUCUGUGGGCUGCAGGGGCUGAUGGGAGCUUUGGUUCCUCUGCUAGAAACCACGUGGCCCUGGUCUGAUCUCUCAGCUCGUCCUUGUUUGGCCUCAGCUGCAUCAGAGCGCCACUUCUCCCCAGGUUCACCAGAGGAAACUCCACUGCACACAAUGCUUUUCCUCCCAGCUGCUGCUCUGUGCUGGCUGGGUUCAGCGCUGGCUGCCAUGGCAACACACCUGGUUCAGGACGAUUUAACUCUGACCAGGAGAACCGGGCAGAGCGUCUCCUUCAGCUGUGGAGGAACUGAUCAGUGUGGUAGUAAUUAUGUUUACUGGUACCAGAAGAAAGAAACAGAAACAUUCAGAGCUAUUCUCUAUAUCUCCAGUGGUGGUAGCCCAACAAAACCUUACAAUCAUCCUCAGCAAGAUGAUUUCUCAGCUGAGAGAGAUCGGAGCAGCAGUUCGUUGAAGAUCAACAAAGUUAAACUGGAUCAUUCAGCCUCCUACUACUGCGGCUGUUGGAAGUCUGGUUCCCACACUGCAUCAGAGCGCCACUUCUCCCCAGGUUCACCAGAGGAAACUCCACUGCACACAAUGCUUUUCCUCCCAGCUGCUGCUCUGUGCUGGCUGGGUUCAGCGCUGGCUGCCAUGGCAACACACCUGGUUCAGGACGAUUUAACUCUGACCAGGAGAACCGGGCAGAGCGUCUCCUUCAGCUGUGGAGGAACUGAUCAGUGUGGAUCCUGCUGCAUCAUCUGGACCGGUUCCCCUCAGCCGACCCGUUCAGCAGCAGACUGGUUUCUGUGGAGGAUACUGGUACUGUUUGGUUCUGGAACCAGACUGGAUGGAACCGGUGAUCCGGUAGUGAAGCCCAUGGUGAGCGUGUACCCAGCAGCAUCCAGCGCCCGGCGGGGCAGGAGGGGCUUCCUGCUGUGUCUGGCCUCAGGCAUGUUUCCUCCUGAGGUCAAGUUCACCUGGAAAAGACUGGAGGACGAUGGAGAGAAAGAUCUGACCUCUGGAGAGCAGCUGGAGCUCAGAGAGCCGAACCGCACCGCCUCCAUCUUACUGGUGGACCGGGAUCUUCUCAGCACAUCUAGAUACCGCUGCUCUGUGCAGCAUGAGGGGGGCCCAGUGGAGGCCCCUACAACACAAGAGGUUUGUCCCUGGAUCCUGAUGAUCCUGAACCGAGUGAAGCUGCUCUGCCUGCUCUACUCAGUGCUGAUAGUGAAGAGUCUGGUGUACUGCAGUGGCCUCUCUCUGCUGAUGGUCCUCAGGAACAAGGGCCCGGCCCCCAGCUGCAGCUUCUCCUGCUUCAUCGCUGCUGAGUGAUUUUUUAGGGUUUUCUGACUCCAGUGGCCUUGAUUCACAGGUGUGGUGAUGGUGUAGGAGUAAAAUGUGUAACUGAUCAACGUAGGCCUCAGUUCUCGACGCUGCCUGUUCACCUGAGCUGCAUAUCUUUUCCCCUCUCUCAUAACUCACUUUCCUGUCAGAUCACUGCUGAUUUAUUGUUUUAAAGCUUCUUUACAUUUAAGUCAAACAUUAAGAGAAUCAUUUUGUUCCAGUUUUUCAGAUUUUGUUAAUUAUUUCCAUCCAGAUGAUGACUUGUUCCUGUCAGUCUGUGAUGUUAUAAUUUUAUAGAUUGAUUUAGAUCUUUUCAGAUUUUUUUCUUUCUGCUUCUUAUUUGAUCCUUUGUUGUUAACAGUUUUAUCUUUAUUUCAUAGUAAGAACUUUGUGUAA